AUCGAGGAACAUCCCUGAAGAAACCUGUGUGGAAGAACACUGGAAGUCUUUGAAAGCUAUGUGGAAAGAAACCUGCACAACAGUAUUAGGAAGGAAGAAGAAAGAAGACAAGGAAUGGAUCUCGACGGAUACCUGGAAGCUGAUAGAGGAAGGAGAGGAGGAUGGUGAAGCAGAAGAUAAACCAGUGCAAGGAUGCUCAACGACAAGAGGAACUGAGCACAAUGUAUAAAACACUGGACAAAGAAGUGAAGAAGAGUGCACGCAAAGACAAAAGACACUUCUACGAAACACUGGCAAGUGAAGCAGAACAGGCUGCAGGUAAGAGAGACCUGACGACAUUGUAUCAAAUAACCAGGUUGCUAUCAGGGAAGAGACCAACACAGAUGAAACCAAUAAAAGAUGAAGAAGGAAAUUUAAUUACAAAAGAAGAGAAACAGAGGAAACGAUGGGCCGACCACUUCAAGAAGCUCUUGAAUCGACCACCACCUGCACUUCGUCCAGAAAUACCACCUGCAGCCGCUGAAUUACAAGUGAACAUUAAUCCCCCAACGAAAAUGGAAGUCCUGAACGCCAUAAAGCUACUGAAAUGUGGGAAAGCAGCAGGACCAGAUGGAAUACCGCCAGAAGCACUGAGAAC